AGCGGUAAAUAGUAAUGGUGGGUUCCUUCCCUCCCCCGCUAUUUCCCGUUUUGAGCGCGUUGCAUCCUGGGAAGAUGGCGGCGCCUAGCGCGUGAGACGAGCGUUGAAUGACAGGCGGAGGCAAGUUUUCUGAUAAUGAAUCAAAAGCUAGAGAUCAUCUGAAUAAAAGCUUUCCUCAAAACAACAAACCAGGGCAAGAAUGAAGGUUUUUUGUGGAAGAGCCAAUCCAACCACUGGAGCGGUGGAGUGGUUGGAGGAAGAUGAGAACUAUGAUUAUCAUCAGGAAAUUGCAAGGUCAUGUUAUGCUGACAUGUUGAAUGACAAAGACAGAAAUGCAAAGUAUUUUCAGGGUAUUCGUGCUGCAGUGGACAGAGUGAAGGAAAGAGGAGACAGAGCCAUUGUCCUAGACAUUGGGACUGGCACUGGACUCUUGUCUAUGAUGGCAGCUACAGCCGGGGCAGAUUUCUGCUAUGCUGUUGAGGUCUUCAAACCUAUGGCUGAUACGGCUGUGAAGAUAGUGGAGAAAAACGGCUUUAGCGACAAGAUAAAGAUCAUCAACAAGCACUCCACUGAAGUCACAGUGGGGCCUGAUGGAGACAUGCAGUGUCGUGCAAACAUCCUGAUAACAGAGCUUUUUGAUACCGAACUGAUAGGGGAGGGAGCUUUACCAUCUUAUGAGCAUGCCCACAGAUGUCUUGUACAGGAAGGAUGUGAGGCAGUGCCUCACAGGGCAACAGUAUACGCUCAGUUAGUGGAGUCCCAAAGAAUGUGGUCCUGGAACAAGCUAUUUCCCAUUCAUAUUCAAGCAGAAGAUAGUGAGAAGAUUAUUGUCUCACCACCAGAAAUGGAGAACUGUCCUGGUGCUCCUUCAGUCUAUGAUAUCCAACUGAAUCAGGUGUCCUUGCAUGACUUCACACCUCUCAGUGACGUUGUUACGAUGUUCAGUGUAGAUUUCAGUAAGCCAGUAAGCCGAGCCUCUGCCUACUACACAGUACAUCUGGAGCCCAUAAAGUCGGGCAAAGCCCAAGUGGUCCUGUCCUGGUGGGAUAUUGACAUGGACCCCGCUGGGUCAAUAAAAUGUACAAUGGCCCCAUAUUGGGUGCAAUCCACCUAUGAAGAUAUCCCGUGGAGAGAUCAUUGGAUGCAGUGUGUCUAUUUCCUUCCAAACGAAGAACUUGUUCUCCAGGGCCAGAGUGUGUGCCUGACUGCCUUUCAUGAUGACUACUCUGUGUGGUAUAAGCUACAAAAAGGCAGAAAUGAAGACGCCACAACUGCUAUCCAAGUUGAAAGUCCUGUGUGUAGGUGUCAGGCCCACCUGCUGUGGAAUAGGCCACGGUUUGGAGAACUCAACGAUCAGAAUCGAACAGCGCAGUAUUUACAGGCUCUGCAGAAAGUUCUGAAGCCAAACAGUGUUUGCCUCAGCAUCAGUGAUGGCAGCCUCCUUCCUGUGCUGGCUCACCAUCUUGGAGCAAAAGAGGUGUUUACACUGGAGAGCUCUGCAGUUUCUCAUUCACUCAUGCAGAAAAUUUUUAAGGCCAAUCAUCUAGAAGAUAAAAUUAAAAUAAUAGAGAAACAUCCUGAAUUGUUGAUCUCUUCAGAUCUUGAAGAUAAAAAGGUGUCACUUUUAAUUGGUGAACCCUUCUUCUCUACGAGCUUGUUGCCAUGGCACAAUUUAUAUUUCUGGUACGCCCGGACAGCCCUGGCAAGCCACCUGACAAGCGAUGUGACUGUCCUGCCUCAGUCUGCUUCACUUCACGUGAUGAUUGUGGAGUUCAAGGACUUGUGGAGAAUCCGCAGCCUGUGUGGUACCUGUGAGGGGUUUGAUGUGCACAUUAUGGAUGAGAUGAUAAAGAACUCCUUGGACUUCAGGGAGUCAAGGGAAGCAGAGCCUCACCCGCUGUGGGAAUACCCUUGCAAAUCAAUAUCCAAUCCGCUGAAAAUUUUGAUAUUUGACUUCCAACAAACUGUGCCAGAACACACUAUCAAGAACGAAGGCAUCAUAAAUCUGACAAAGACUGGGAAGAGCCAUGGAGCUGUUCUGUGGAUGGAAUAUCAUCUGACACCCAGCAUUUCUGUUACCACGGGGCUUGUGCAGGUUUCAAAUGAAAAGGGCUAUUGUCAAUGGACUCCCCACUGCAAACAGGCUGUGUUUUUCUUCAGUUCAGAUACUGGGUCAGAACCUCCCAUUGAUAAGCCCUCUGCAGUUGCAUACACCCUAAGCUUCAACCCAAAGACAGGCAAUGUUAUCAUGGAUUUUAAGCUCUUGGAUUAAUGUGGCAGCUUUCCAAUCAAAAACCUUCCUCUUCCUCUUCCCCCUCAAUUUUUUUUUUGACC